GACUGUGACUGUGACUCGAGCACAAACUCCCAUGCACAAAGCACUUCAUCACUCUUUGCGCGAUCUUCAAGCUCACACCUUCAUUUCACAUUUCGCAACAAUGAAAUGAAGACAUUUUGUGUAACGCAAAAUGUGUUUGUUUUUUAAUUAAUAGUUACUACAAAUUAACAUAGUAAGUAAGCCACUUCUCACAUUCCACAGUCUUAUAAGUUCCCACGAUGACGGACCAGUUGGUCGUAGAGUUAUUGACUGAGUGGGCAAAGUUAUCUGACAAUCUGUUAUCCGGCUGCGACGGGUUGAAUGAUUUCUCCGAGUCAAUUCUCAACAAUGAAGACCUUUUCCAAGCGGUGACUCACGUCUUGGAGGAAAACGACAGGUUUCGUUCGCUAUACGGGGAUGUCAUUGCCGUUUUGUUCUCUCUUUAUCGAGCACCUCACGGAAAACUCCGCGUCUUCUCUGGGCAGUUCAUCCCAUCCCUUAUUUAUGUUUAUCUGAACCAAAUUCAUUCACAAAAGAAAUGUGUAGCCCUUGAAACUUUGCUGCGAGGAAUAUUUGAACUAGAAUUAUCAUUUGAAGAAAUCAUUCCGGCUUCUGCUAGAAUCGCUAACGUCAAUCUUCCUUCGAUUUACCAUGAUCCUGGUGGCGUCUCUACAUCUUGGUUAUCAGACAAUGAUUUGGACCGUUUGAACUUGAAAACUGUCAAGACGAUUACAAGGCAGGCUUUGGUGCUGAACGAUGAGCGGAUCAGAGCCCCACAAAGACUUCCGCUAUGUGUGGAGCUAUGGUGGAUAUUCAAUCACAGGCUUCCCCAUAUGCCAAAGCACUCAAUUCCUAUGCAUCUUAAGGUGAUAACAAAACUAAUAACGCAAGGGUUCACUCCCAUGAACUCUCAAAAGCUGCAACCACCUGUGAGAAUUGUUCUGUCAUCCAAAUUACUAAUUGAGAUGGUUCAAACUGCAUAUUUUUCAGCAUAUAAUGGUUCUCCAACGCUGGCAGAACAAAUUUUGGACGAAAUUUCUGCUCGUGCAAAUUACCAACUUUGGGCAGAUGCAUUGCUAGCUUGUCAUGCUGUCCAGGAUUAUCUUAAAUCAUCAGAACUACCCAUCCAAGUGGAAGUCAGCAGUUUCAAGAAAUCUAUAAUCACGAAUGCUUCCUUUCGGACAAAGAAACUUCCAGAUGACAUUCCAAUUAUUGAGAGGACAGACUCAACCGAGGAACCCGAAACGCCCACACCCACAUCACACUUGCAUGGAUUUAAAGCCAAAAGCAAAAUUCCACAUAUUUUGGCAAAAAUCAAGAGAAAUUCUGUGGUCGUCAUAAACGAAGAAGGUGACGUAGAGACACUGGCGUCGCCUCCAAAUGCAGAGAGGAAGAAGAGCAUUGAUGCCACGGCCGUUUAAAUUAAGCCUGACGAUAAGUGAAAAUAGCUACACUUUUAGUGUAUUAGCAUGUAUAAUUGUGACCGAGUUCUACAUUAUUGAUAAUAUGUUCACUCAUAAUAAUUUGUUGACACAUAUCUAAUUGACCCACUAAUAUUCUUUAAUAUAUUGUUAUUUUAUCAAGUCGCGCAUUAUGGUAUGCAAUAAAUACACAACAUGUAAGCCUUCA